GGCGCCAGGGGAAGCGCUGGCUAUGCGGGUCACGUGAUGCGGCGUGAGCGCCGUUGACUCCUCCUUCUCCAAGAUGGCGUCUCUGCUGCAAUCGGACCGGGUUCUCUACCUGGUCCAGGGAGAAAAGAAGGUUCGGGCCCCGCUCUCGCAACUGUACUUCUGCCGCUACUGUAGCGAGCUGCGGUCGUUGGAAUGUGUGUCUCACGAGGUGGAUUCCCACUAUUGUCCCAGUUGCUUAGAAAACAUGCCAUCAGCUGAAGCCAAACUAAAGAAGAACAGAUGCGCCAACUGUUUUGACUGCCCUGGCUGCAUGCACACCCUCUCUACCCGGGCAACGAGUAUUUCCACACAACUUCCAGAUGACCCAGCCAAGACCACCAUGAAAAAAGCCUAUUACCUGGCCUGUGGAUUUUGUCGCUGGACGUCCAGAGAUGUGGGCAUGGCAGACAAAUCUGUAGCUAGUGGUGGUUGGCAAGAACCUGAAAACCCUCACACACAACGGAUGAACAAACUGAUUGAAUAUUACCAGCAGCUUGCUCAGAAAGAGAAGGUUGAGCGUGAUCGUAAGAAACUGGCACGGCGUCGAAACUACAUGCCUUUGGCUUUUUCGGACAAAUAUGGACUUGGAACCAGGCUUCAGCGACCACGAGCUGGUGCAACCAUCAGUACCCUUGCUGGACUUUCCCUGAAAGAAGGAGAAGACCAGAAAGAGGUAAAAAUAGAGCCUGCACAGGCUGUAGAGGAAGUGGAACCUCUACCUGAAGACUAUUACACAAGGCCAGUUAAUUUAACAGAGGUAACCACUCUUCAGCAGCGCCUCUUGCAACCUGACUUCCAACCGAUCAGUGCUUCGCAGCUCUACCCACGUCAUAAGCAUCUUCUGAUCAAACGGUCUCUGCGCUGCCGGAAAUGUGAACACAAUUUGAGCAAGCCAGAAUUUAAUCCAACAUCUAUCAAAUUCAAAAUCCAACUGGUUGCUGUCAACUAUAUACCAGAAGUGAGAAUCAUGUCAAUUCCCAACCUCCGCCACAUGAAGGAGAGCCAGGUCCUUCUUACUCUCACAAACCCAGUGGAGAGCCUCACCCAUGUGACACUGUUGGAGUGUGAGCAGGGCGACCCUGAUGAUAUCAAUAGCACGGCCAAGGUAGUGGUGCCUCCCAAAGAGCUCAUUUUAGCUGGUAAGGAUGCAGCGGCAGAGUAUGAUGAGUUAGCAGAGCCCCAGGACUUCCAGGAUGAUCCUGAUGUCAUAGCCUUCCGAAAGGCCAACAAAGUCGGUGUUUUCAUCAAAGUGACCCCACAGCGUGAAGAGGGUGAAGUGACAGUGUGCUUUAAGAUGAAACAUGAUUUUAAAAACCUGGCAGCCCCCAUCAGACCUAUGGAAGAAGGCGAUCAGGGCACGGAAGUCAUCUGGCUCACCCAACAUGUGGAACUCGGCCUGGGCCCACUUCUCCCUUAAAAGAUUCCAUUGGCAGACAAAUCCCAAAUGACAGUAUCACCACAAACUCCGCUUGAAAAUGACGCCACUGCUUCACUCACUAGCCCUUGUUUAUAACAAUGUAUCCGUGCACUACUGAGUCUUUUUCCUCUGGGUUGUGGGGCAUAGACCAGACAUUGAAAACACAGGGAACUGCUGUUCUCCUUGCUCACACUACUGUUAACACAACUAAAUCUGUGUCUCCCACACUGAGCCCAGCAUGCUGAAUUGCAACAGCAUGGUUGCAUUUCAUGAGAAACUGACCAUACUGUCACCUGACUUCAUCUCACAAGGAAUUGUGGUCUUACAGACUUACUUAAAAUGAAAAUGGAAAGGUACACCUGCUAUUAUUGCUGUGUCAAAAUCACCACUGCUUUCUGGAUCCCCUUAGACACAAUAUACCAAUCUAAACACCCCCUUCACCUGCCAUCAUGGCUCCUAUCUUCCCACAGAUUUUCAUUGGCCCAAACAAUUGUCAGAUUAUCUUUAGUUUUAAGAUAAUUGGGAAAGUCUGUGAUGCUCCUGAGGCAUUUAUUCCCAGUUGCUACUCCUAAGUGAAUACAAAAAGAUUGUCCCCCCCCCAUAAAAUAUGGAACUUUUAAGGAGAAUUUGAGAAGUAAUUACAUGUCUUAUCAAGGGGAUAGCCAAUUCCAUUUGUAUUAAAUGUUUGUAGCAUAUCCAGGGAUUAUCUCAACCACAAAGAGGCAGUCUGUGUAUGUCUUACUUUCUAUCACCUUUCUUCUGACUCUAACUGGAUAUUUGAGACCUAAAAAGUUUGAGAGAAAACCUAGUAGACAUGUUUACUUUUGGAAUGCAAAGAACAUUUCAGAGUUUUAGCAUGAUUUUGAAGGGGCAGUUAAUAACUAUAACUUCUUGAAUCCAAAGCUGGACUUAAGUUUUUAAGACUUAUCAUAUGGUGCAUCAAAUAAGACCAUUUAGAUUGUAAACCAUAAAAUAGUUCUGAAAAUAGCCCAGAAUAUUCACCAAAUGGCACACAUGCUAAUUUUACUUGGUUUCCUGAAAUUUUGGGUUGCUAAUCCGAAUUUCUGUGGUAUUUUCUAAAAUGAGACUUGGCAAAUGAGACCACCAACAUUACCUGCAAAAGUAUUGUUAGCAUGUGGCCAACAAGCUUUUAGGAAGAAGAAAUUGUCUUUUUACCCUGGUUUAAUUUCUAAGUUCAAACCUUUAAUUUUAAACAAAUGAAGAUAUAUAGUAAUCUAGAAUAUCAACAAAAUAUGGUAAAUUGUCAGCUACCCUUGGAAGGUAAAAUACUUAGAAACUUCAAAAAACACUAACUUGUAUCUAUAAAGUCAGGCCAAUUUUUUGAAACAAUAGUCUACAAGUAAUAUAUAUAUAUAUGUUUCAAUGUAUUAAAAGAUAGUCCUAUCUCAAUUAUGAGGACAUUAUGGUUGGACGUCUUAGUAGUUUGGAUGGGAGGUGUAUAAUGACAUGUUUGCAGACUGUAGAAAUAGUUUAAUUUUUUGUGACCACCUAGUGUGUCAAAUUUUAGUUCACAGCCUCUUAGAGUCUGCUGUAAUAGCCAUUGUUCUGUUUUUCCAUGGAGGAAAUGGGCAUCAAAGUAGAGAAUAGCUUCAGAUAUUUACAUGUUUGCAUAGGUUAUAUGCUCGUUUGUUGUGCAUUGAUGGCAUGUAGCUGGUAUUUGUUCCUGUAAGUAAUAAUGUUGAAAUAAUGGGUCUCAUCACCCCCAUGUGAAAAACACAAAAAAUAAUCUUGAUCAUAGAGUUAUUUUUUUCCUUCAGAAGCCAAGUUAACUACAAAAUAACAAGAGAUGUUGAUUUAAUGUUUCCUCCAGGAAGUUUUCAGUUUUUGGUGCAAACUUGUAUACUCUGUAUUAGUAGAAAUGGUUUGACACCUACAUAGGCUGGAAUUUGUUGCUUUUUCUGUUAGAUGAGGUGCAAAAUUUUAAAUGCAUAGUUAGCAUGCACCACAGAGAAUUGGAUGUCAUUAUUAGCACUUGAAACUAUAAUUUCAAAAACUUAAGGCUUUAUGAAUUCAGGAUUAUAAUUUAAUUAACCAACCAAAGGUUUUGUUCAAAGUGCUUAUAGGCAUAAUAAGAUGUUAUGCAUAUUUGUUUAAAAACAUCCUUUUUGAACCCUUUUGGGAAAGAGAGGCACUCCUUGACUGACAGGUUACUAUCUUUUGCCUUAUUGCUUAGCUCAGUGUAGUGAAAUAAAUUAGACAAAACCUGA